GACAAGUCGGAUGGAGCCCACCCUCAAGUUUAUGCGCAGCAACAAGGCUACUCUACUGCUUACAGUACCCCGUUCCCAUUCAAGUCGUCUGCAAAGGAUUCACCCCCACACAUAUUUGAUUACGAUUCGUGGAGUAACCAAACCAAAGUCCUUAGCUUUCCCCGAUCCAGGUUAUCUUGCCGCUCAGCACCUGCAGAUGUACUGCUGAGAUCGACUAGCGAUUAUACCAACACUCACAUGGAUCGCAUCGCUAUUCCCACCAAG